UUUUUUUUAUCUGCUUUCUACUGGAAAGUCACAGCCAUUUAGACUAUCUUGUCUUUAAACACUUUCUGUGCCCCCGCAUUUGUCAAGCCGUCCCAGAUUUCCGGCAGCGGAAUUAUCAGCACCUUACAAAAACAUUUGAGAAGAAGUUCUUGGGAAAUCAAAAAUCAAAAAUCAAGAAACCAAAACCGUCGGAAACACACAGGCGACUGCCGGCACACCCUUCCCUGGGAAGCUUCCUUCGGGUGUUGGAACAAUUAUGGCUGGACUCACAACCCCCGAUCGUAAUGUAUCUGAGAUUUCUCGCGAGGGGUUAGAUAUGAUGGAGGGCCUUGUACGGCCUCGGUCAACUCCACCGAUAAAAUCGCAGAGCCUGCACCUUAGCACGAAUACUGGCGGAAGUUCUUAUAAGCCGAAAAUCAGAUUCUCUGUCGAUUCGUCUAUGGAUCCUCAGCAACACAGCUCUGGAGAGCAAGUAACACAGAGUCCAGUCACCGUAGGUGAAAGCGACCAUCUCUACACUUCAGGCUUACGACGGAUAAGGCAGCAGACCCCGCUAGCAGGUACUCAGUCAUUUGUGAUACCGCACUCGAUGUCAGUUCCUGGUACUAGAGUCAAUUCUCUUUCCAUCCCUCCAACCUCGCCAACCCUGGGAUUUUGUGAGGACUUAGCUAGGUUCCCUACAGAGUCUUUACAUUCCUUUUCUUUUGCCCACCAGUCAGAGGACUUGAUCCAUAGCCGACAAAAUAUUCUUAAGAGGAGUAUAGAGUUUAUGAGGGACAAGCUGGGAUGGGGUUCACAAUCGCCGAUGAUUACAUCAGCUCAGGCGAAGGUGGAGGGAGAUGAAGAAGUUGCAAAGGUGAUGGAGUUACUUAGGAAAGCCAACUUGGUAUCCGAGGAGAAGACCCCCUUGAUGAAUGGGCCUGUAACAGGUCCGGCCCAAUUUGAAGGAAAUCCAUUUGAAAAGAGCUUUGCUCCAGAGGCACCGGUUUCACCUCGAACACAAGCCACCAACUCGGCACUGCCAUUGCGGGGCACAGAUCGGGCUGGUUCGUUCAAUGAUGAAUUUCGCUCUGAGAGUACAUCUCGCUCUACGACUAACGACUCUAUCUCAACAGCCCACUCUUCGCCCCCAUCCACCCGGAGAGCGAGCCUCAAACGUACCUAUACAGAUACUACUUCCUUGACAGUCCAGACUAAACUCUACGAAGCCCUCGCACAGCCAUACCUGGUCACCGAUAUGCCACAAUCCGCCACUGGAAUGGGUCCCAGACCAAUCAUGAGCAAGUCUUCCGUUCACGGGCACACAAGCCGAUACACCCUCGCUUCCCAGGCAGUAUUUACUACUGAGGCGCACCACCCAUGGACUAUACUUGCUGCUAAUGAUCUGGCCUGCCUUGUUUUCGGGGUGACCAAAGCUGAAGUGCGGAAAAUUGGUAUUCUCGAGGUUGUCAAAGAAGAACGUAGAGAAUGGUUGGCAAACAAGCUGAAUUCUGGCGAAAAUUCGUCCUCCUCGUUUCCGUACCCCCAUAGCCAUCACGGAUCUCCGAAUGUUACAUCGGCUAUGUUGCAAAAUGGUCCCUACGGUAAUGGCUACAGACGGGUCAAAUCUGAUGCAUACUAUACGGGAUCGCCUAUAAGGAGCGGUGGUUGCAGUGCUGGAGUUGCACAGCCAUCAAUGCAUCAUAGUCAGAACAAAUCGAGAGGGGUCAUACUCUGCGGGGAUGUUGUGCCUAUCCAGAAGCGAAAUGGUAACACCGGGGCUGCGAGUCUCUGGGUGAAAGAGAAGCGAGGGGGCCUAAUUUGGGUAGUGGAAGAAAUUAGUGAGGAUGUGGCCUUCUUAUACACCUCCAACGAUCCGGAUUUGGCUGGUAAGGUAAUGAGUUUCAGCGGAAACAUGACGAAGAUUUUCGGAGAGGAUAGCAUUCCGGAUGGAGGAGUCGAUGUUUCAGAUUUCAUUCCCAUGAUUCCUCGGAACGGGGAUGGCACAAUCGACUUGGAGCAAACUGCAGGCAUUCACCAAUUUACUGCAAUGAAUAGCAUCGGUAUGCGGAUUCCAUGUGGUGUCGAGCCAAUCCCCUGUGAGGGAGUGUUGAGAAUAUCAUCGUUUCCACACAUUGCUGGUAUUAUCGUUUUGUCAGCGACAACACUCCGGAUUACCAGCUCGAAUGCUGUUUUCUCGGCUGCACUUUUCGGACAUCUGAAUCCCGUGGGCGUGCCAAUUACUGAGAUUAUUCCGCAGUUCGAUAGGAUCCUCAAGUUCAUUACCAGUGAAGACAAAAUCGACCUUGUCGAUGGUAUUGUAGUUCCGGAACACUCUUUCCGGAAGGCAAAGGCCGUGCUUGCGUUGAGGGAUGGAAAGGGCGACGCCGCUUCUAUGUUUGUGAGGUCGGGUGGAUUGACUGCUAGACAUAGGGAUGGGGCCGAACUGAGAGUUGACGUACAGAUGAGAGUUGUCAUGUCAGAAUCAAAGGACGAGGAGGCCGUAAUCAUUGAUGAUCCAGACGAGACGGGUGCUGGAGGGGGUGAAGUUGUUUAUGCUCUUUGGAUUACAUAUUCUAGACAUAUGCAUGCAUCCUCCUUAACUUCAGAUCCUUCUAACAACAUCCUUCGAAGACCAGUCACUCCACCUAAACGUCCUAGCCCUGGCCAACCAAGCACUCCGAUUGCCUCGGAUGGACAGAGAAGUGAUAAUGCCAAGCUCUUGACAAGGCAAUUGGAGGCUAUUCAACAGUCGCCAACACCGCCGAGUUCUGAAGAUGAGUCCACAGAGCCAAGCGGCCACGUAUCAGCAUCUGGGCCCCAAGGCAUGUCCAAGCGGAAAAAGAAUAUCCAAGACUUCGUGAUCCUAGAGGAGAUGGGACAAGGAGCGUAUGGCCAAGUCAAACUUGCGAGAUACAAGCGGAACCAGGCGAAACGGGUAGUUCUCAAGUACGUUACUAAGCGCCGAAUUCUGGUGGAUACCUGGACGCGCGAUCGUCGCCUGGGAACAGUCCCAUUGGAGAUUCAUGUUCUUGACUACUUGCGGCGCGACGGUCUGAAGCAUCCCAACAUCGUUGAAAUGACUGAUUUCUUCGAAGAUGAUAUCAAUUACUAUAUCGAGAUGGUACCUCAUGGACUUCCUGGCAUGGAUCUUUUCGACUACAUCGAGCUCAAAGUGAAUAUGGAUGAGGACGAGUGUCGAAGCAUAUUUGUUCAGGUCGCUCGUGCGCUUCAUCACCUCCAUACAAAAGCCGGAGUAGUGCACCGCGACAUCAAGGACGAGAACGUGGUACUCGAUGGUGAAGGGAACAUUAAGGUUAUCGAUUUCGGGAGCGCGGCGUAUAUUAGGAAUGGGCCAUUUGACGUCUUCGUGGGAACAAUAGAUUAUGCGGCGCCAGAGGUCUUAGCUGGUAAAUCGUAUAAAGGCAAGGAGCAAGACGUUUGGGCACUUGGUGUGUUAUUGUACACUAUUUGCUACAAGGAGAACCCAUUCUACAAUAUUGACGAAAUCAUGGACCGCGAGUUGCGAAUACCAUUCAUUCUCUCCGAAGUGUCAUUGGAGUUAAUAAGAUUAAUGCUCGAUAGAGACGUGGAACGGCGCCCUACAAUCGAGCAGGUCCUUGCUCACCCCUGGUUUGACGGCCUACCGAGCCCCGAGGGGGCGCUUCUGGCAGAAUCGGCGGUGCAGGCGAGUUUCCCUCGUUGACCCAACUAGUACGUCGGCCGACGUGGAUACGGAGCAUGCAAAACGCCAAUCACAUUUCGUUCAUUUUUUUUUGCCUCCGCCUAGAAAUUGCUCAUUCAGCAAUAGAUGUGAGAGAGAUCUCGAGUACUCUAAAAGGAUGCGAACUAUCGAUUAGAGACAAUGCAUCCACUCUGUUUUUGGUGAUACGAAAAGUGAGAGAAGACAGAUGGGUGAUGGGUAUUGACUGCUUUUUGACCGGGUUUCUUCUUGCCUACACAUCUCUUAUUAGCAACGGUAAAAGCGUUGGUUUUGUUCAUUAUCUUCAUAUUCAUUAUCAGGGCUUAUUUUCGCUACUUUUUCUUUUUUCCCCUGUUUACCAUCUUAUCCCAACUGGGUUUUCCUGGUAGAAGGUGGGCUUUUCUUUACUUGUCAUGGGUUACAUUAUCGGUUUCACUUUUUCUCUGUUUCCUCGAUUUAAGAAAUCAUGGUGUUUAUUUUUUAUCAUCACUAUUUCCUUUUCUUCCUUAUUAGCUUAGUUUCUUCCUGAUGGGAUCCGGAGUUGCUGUUUUGAAGUCAUAAACGGCAUGGAAAAUUCGCAUGGGUGAAAAUAUAUGAUAGUGUCAUGAUGGGAUUUGAUUUUGUUGUUUAUUUGUGGCUAUUGGGUUGUGAACGUUUUUUGUUUCUACGAUAUCGUUGGGCGUUGGUAGUUGGUUUGGUUCAGAGGGCAUGGGAUUGAAUUGGGCAUGGCUCGCGAAGGGGAAGGAUGGAAGGAGGGAGGGAAGGAAGCGUAGGGGGCCGGAGGCAGGAGUGGAUUUCUUUCAUUAUCUAUCGUAGUUGUAUUGUAACUGGUUCGCUAAUAGGGGAUAAAUAUUUGGUAGAUGUACUACCGCUCCUACCC